UCUGUUGGAGAGAAAAGAAAAGGUGAGGAUGCGGCCCUGGAAGGUUUUUAAACCCCAAACACUGCCCAGAUUGUGGGGGUUUGCUCACAGCAGUGCACUGUCAGGGAAGGGCAGCCUCCGGCUCAGAGUCUAAAACACCAAUUCUUGGUGUUCAAGGUGAUGUUUAACCCGACCUUGCUUUGAACAGUUCUUCCCUGCUGAGAGCAGAGGGACAGCCUGGAUCCAGCCAAAAUCUGGUGGGAAUUUAUGUGACAUUUACUUUCUUUCUGUGUUUGGCUCUGGGAGGUUCCAGCCCUGCUCGGUGCUUAGCAAAAGGUGUGGGUCAGGGCUUUCUGCAUCUAGACUAAUUCCCAGCAAAAUAUGUCUGAUCUUAUCUCAUAGUGGCUUCUGCUACCCUUGGCACUCACCUUUGCUGGUGUGAAAAGGCUGCAGAAAGAGGUACCCCACAUCUCCCACUGGGCUUGGGAACCUCCAUCAGAUCCACCAGAGACAGGGCCAGCCCUCGAGAUUUCCUUCAUUCCUUCAGAAGGGCCCUUUUCCCCUUUGGCUGCCCCUUUCAGUACUUUAUUAUGCUCCUCAUUUGAUCCUUCCCAUCACCUUCCUUCCAGUUUUGGGCACCUCUCCCUCAGGCUCUCAUUUUUCCCCUACAGCUGGUGCAUUUCCAGCGUGAUGGGUGGAAGAAGGUAAGUGUUAUCAUCAAGGAGGGCACAAGGACUGUGGGCUGCUUCAAUCCGCAGCAGGAUUAAGAAGGAAACCCCCUCCCUGGAAGCCCUCUCCAGGCAGAGGAAGGACAGGAGGGGAGCUGUGAGUAGCCAGCAUGGAUAUACCAAGGGUAAGUCAUGCCUGACCAACCUGAGUGCCUUGGGCGAUGAGAGGAUUGAAGGCUGCGUGGACAAAAAGACAAGUAGUGGACAACAUUUACCUCAACUUUAGCAAGGUCACCAUGGUCUUCUGUUGGCUCCCUGCAGCCAAACUUGUGAGCUAGGGUUUGAGUAUAAGGUAUUUAAGAUGGGUGGUUCAUCAUCCAUGGUGUCUGGGACUGCUGAUGGACCCUGUUUCCAGCACUGGCUCAGCUCCUGUGGGACUGUGCCCCAUCGGUGAGGUCCCCCUCAGCUCCCUGGCAUGAUAAUGUCAAACAUGGCACUCAUGGAGCUGUAACCAUCUCUGAAAUGCUCGAAAAAUGGACAUGAAAGAUGGGAGUGUUGUUCUGAAGAGAGCCCCUGUUGCUCACUCGAGCUGAGGUCAUCUCCUCUGGGUACACUUCAAACUAAGAACCAUAGAGAGAAGAUAAUGACCUGCUUUGGGCUUUGUCACUCUCCUGGGGCUCAAAGAGAUUCACAGUCCCCAAAUCCCCAAAUUGUAUGAAAUAGUAAGGGUGUUUGUUGACUGUGGUUCAUUUUCAAGAUCCCCUGCAGAGCUUCAGGAAGGUGCAUCUUAACAUCUACCUCCAAGAGCAUCAGGAGGGAAGCAGAGGUAGUGCUGAGAUGGUCCUGGGCCUCAGUUCUUCGUGAUACUCUGGACUUUUCAUCAAAAACAAGGAGCUGGCUGUCCUGGGUCCUCACCACACAACUGCUGAGAAGGGAGGUCUGGAGAUCACCCUGCUGGAGAGCACACUCAGGACGCUUCCUCUGUUGACCACAGAGGGCUCCUGGAUGAGGACCAGAAGCUUUCCUGUAAAGAACCUUUGGGGAGUUUACAGUUACUGAGCUGAGACAGGUUGAGCUGGCUGAUCUCGGAGUCCCGGGCUGAAUGCUAACAAAGGGGACGAAAUGCAGCACCAAGGUAAAGCUAGUCGGGUGUGCAGCCACCCAACAGCUUUUCUUGAAGGUCACUGCUGAACAUCCAGAAGUGAGCCAGAGGACCACGCACCAUGCUGUGCCACAGCAUUUUACAGCUUAAGCAAAGCUUUCCUUUUGCAGCACCCUGUUUGUUUUACCUUGGCUGUGAUAUGACUUUUGGCAAGCUGUUUCCUAUUGCUCUGUGCCUAAACUCUUCCUUUAGAUCAUGUGUGACUGUCUCUGAGUAGGUCCCACUGAAGGGAGGGUUUUCCACCUGGGAGAUACCUGCCUGAUGUAGAAGAAACCUCCAGUAAGGAGUUCACACAGAAACCACACGCCAAACUAAUGGCAGAAAGAAAUUGCACCCAGGUGACUGACUUCAGCUUAACGGGGUUCACAGAGGACCUGGUGACUCAGGUCAUCCUCUUUCUGAUGUUUCUAUUCACCUAUCUUGUCACCAUCCUGGGGAACCUUGGGAUGAUUGUGUUAAUCAGGGCCAACCCUCAGCUCCACUCCCCCAUGUAUUAUUUCCUGGGCAAUCUGGCUUUUGUAGACCUCUGUUCUUCCACUGUCAUCACCCCCAAGAUGUUGAUUGACUUUCUAUCAGAGAAGAAGAGCAUUGCUUAUGCUGGGUGUGUGGCUCAGGUGUUCAUUUUUGAUCUUUUUGGAAUAACCGAGUGCUUCCUGCUGGCUACGAUGGCGUAUGACCGUUACAUGGCCAUUUGCCAUCCCCUGGUCUAUCUCCUUGUCAUGUCCCCAAAACGCUGUUUCCAGCUGGUGGCUGGGUCAUACCUCAUGGGGUUGACAAAUGGCAUGGGACAGACUAUCAGCAUGUCCAAUUUAUCCUUCUGUGGCUCCAGUGUCAUUGAACUGUUCUUCUGUGACAUUUCCCCGCUGAUAUCACUCUCGACCUCCGACACCACCCUCAAGGAGAGAAUGGCUGUGGGAAACCACUCGAGUGUGACAGAGUUUGUCCUUUUGGGCUUCACCAAUCUGCAGGAGCUGCUCUUUGUGACUUUUUUGCUCAUCUACAUCACCACGCUGGUGGGGAACCUGGGGAUGAUCGUCCUCAUCAAGACCAGCUCUCAGCUUCAUGUGCCCAUGUAUUUCUUUCUCAGCCACCUCUCUUUCCUGGACAUCUGUUAUUCUUCAUCCGUCACGCCGAAGCUCCUAUCAGGCCUUCUUGAAGAGAGAAAUAUAAUUUCUUUCAAUGGCUGCAUCACACAGUUUUUCUUCUUUGCAGUAUUUGGCACCACGGAAGCCAUCCUUCUGGCUGUCAUGGCAUACGACCGCUACAUGGCCAUCUGUGAGCCUCUGCACUACUUGGCUGCCAUGUCUCAUGGGGCCAGUGUCCAACUGGUGGUGGGCUCCUACUCUGCAGGGACCCUGAAUGCCCUCGUGCACACCAGUGCUCUCCUCCGACUCUCUUUUUGUGGCCCAAACCUUGUCAAUCAUUUCUACUGCGAAAUCCCACCACUCCUGAUGCUCUCAUGCUCGGACACCUGGCUCAACAAGAUGGUGAUGGCUACGUGCAUUGGCUUCAUCAUAACAACCUCAGUCUUGGCCAUCGUGGUCUCCUACACCUGCAUCCUGCUCACCACCUGGAGCAUCAGCUCUGUGGAGAGCAGGCACAAAGCCUUCUCCACCUGCACCUCCCACCUCAUGGCUGUCGCCCUCUUCUAUGGUUCUGCGGCUUUCUUGUAUUUUCAUUCCUUUUCCAGACAUGCAGAAGAUCAAAGGAAAACAGCCUCUGUCUUCUACACGAUGGUGACCCCCAUGCUCAACCCUUUCAUCUACAGCCUGAGGAACAAGGAAGUGAGGAGCACCCUCAGAAGAGCUAUGACCAAGCUUCUCUCCUACAUGUAUUCCCACAGGUCCCACCAAAACGAAGCAGGUAUCGCCUGCCACAGUGGAGUCAGCAGAAGAAAUAAAGCUGACACCUGA